AUGUUCCUCCUCGUCGGCCGCUCUUGCCCACGUCAGACCGCUUUCCUCGUCGCCCGCGCUUUCCCUCAUUACCCUCCCCGACCCUCUGGUCGCAUAUAUCGUCACCCGCGCUCCCCUCACCACCCUCGUCGACCCACACCGAUCCUCGCCGCCCUCACCUCCCUUGGUCACCGACAUUCCCUCUCGUCGCUCGCGCUUCCCCUCAUCACCCGUGCCGACCCUCGCCGCCCUCGCCUCCCCUCGUCGCCCGCGCGUCCCGUCGUCGGGCUUGCCUCCCAGUCACUCGCGCUUCCCCUCGUCAUCCGCGUUUCCAUCCGCUCUUCCCCUCUCCCCAUCUCACCAUCUCCAGCCCAUCCUUCCUCCCUCAUUCCUUCCGAAGGGGUGGGACAGAUGGGGAGGAACAGAUGGGGAGGAACAGAUGGGGAGAAACAGAGGUGGUCGCUUCCGCCACCACAAUCGAACAGCGUUUUGAUUCCCUCUCUGCUCCCCACUAUCCUCCCCCCAGCUCUCUCCCCGGCAUCUGCCCCCGUUCCCCCCAUCCUCUUCCCUGUUUUCCCCGUAUCCCCUGCCGUGCUUCCCCCCAUCCUAUCCCCUCUUACCCCGUAUCCCCUGCCCUGCUUCCCCCCAUCCCCUUCCCUGCUUCCCCCCAUCCCCUUCCCUACUUCCCCCCAUCCCCUUCCCUGCUUCCCCUCAUCCCCUUCCCUGCUUCCCCUCGUCCCCUCCCCUGCUUUCCCCCAUCCCCUUCCCUGCUUCCCUCCAUCACCUUCCCUGCUUUCCCCCAUCCCCUGCCCUGCUUCCCCCCAUCCCCCUCCCUGCUUCCCCCCAUCCCCUUCCCUGCUUCCCCCCUUCCCUUUCCCUGCUUCACCCCAUCCCCUCCCCUGCUUCCCCCCAUCCCGUCCCGUGCUUCCCCCCAUCCCCUUCCCUGCUUCCCCCCAUCCCCUUCCCUGCUUCACCCCAUCCCCUUCCCUGCUUCCCCCCAUCCCCUUCCCUGCUUCCCCCCAUCCCCUUCCCUGCUUCACCCCAUCCCCUUCCCUGCUUCCCCCCAUCCCCUCCCCUGCUUCCCCCCAUCCCCUUCCCUGCUUCCCCCCUUCCCUUUCCCUGCUUCACCCCAUCCCCUCCCCUGCUUCCCCCCAUCCCGUCCCGUGCUUCCCCCCAUCCCCUUCCCUGCUUCCCCCCAUCCCCUUCCCUGCUUCACCCCAUCCCCUUCCCUGCUUCCCCCCAUCCCCUUCCCUGCUUCCCCCCAUCCCCUUCUCUGCUUCACCCCAUCCCCUUCCCUGCUUCCCCCCAUCCCCUCCCCUGCUUCCCCCCAUCCCCUCCCCUGCUUCCCCCCAUCCCCCUCCCUGUUUCCCCCCAUCCCCUUCCCUUCUUCCCCCCAUCCCCUCCCCUGCUUCCCCCCAUCCCCUUCCCUCCUUCCCCCCCUGCUGCCUCCCAUCACUCUCAUUCUCCUUCCUCCCGCACUCACACCUCUCAGUCCACUCGCACUCUCUCUCUCCGUCCUCUCGCACUCUCCUCCCCACCACCCUCAGCCCUCCUUCCCCUCACACCCACCCAUGUUCCCACCUGCCCUCCCCAUCCCUGCCUUUCCCUCCCUGCCCUGCCCUUCCCUUCUCCAUCCCUUCUCAAACCUUCCCUUUCAUGUCAUGCCCUCACCUUCCCCCUCAUCUUCCGCCCUCCAGUUACCAUGCAUGUGCACCCAUCACUGUCUCCCCAUGCCGGUACAUGCUUUCAUCAUGUGCGCUUGCUUGUGUUCCCCUGCAGUUGUUCCCUUGGCACCUCACACCACUUCCCCCAUGUUCCAUCACACAAUUCUUUCUGCCUACUCCACUCUCCAAAUUUUCAGUGGUGAAGCAGAGGAGCAAGCUGAGGCGCAGCUAG